AGCUCGCCCUCUGGGCACAACCUCGCGUGUCCUUUGCUUGGAGAGAGCAGAGCGCCUGUGGAGACGGGCGGAGACGAUGGGGCACGGAUCGAACUGCUCCGUGAGGGUUGAAUGGAUUGCUGCCGUCGCUUUUGCUGCGGGAACAGCGGCUGUUGGGUAUUUCGCUUACAAAAAGUAUUUUAGCAAGGGCAAAGGUUGCAGUGGAAUGGUGAACCUCCACAUUCAGAAAGAUAAUCCCAAAGUAGUUCAUGCAUUUGAUAUGGAAGAUUUGGGAGAGAAAGCGGUAUACUGCCGAUGUUGGAGAUCUAAAACGUUCCCCUUAUGUGAUGGGUCUCAUACAAAACACAACGAUGAAACAGGAGACAACGUGGGACCUCUAAUCAUCAAGAGGAAAGAUGUGUGAACAGCAAAUAGUUGAGAUACCAUCAAAACGAUAUUGUCGCAAUGUUUUCUGCUCACCAGUGAUUGGUGUGAAAGAAGAUCUUAAUUUCACUGAAGAUGUUUAGAUGUGGUAUACAAUGCACUGCAGCACAUGUAGUUCAUGUUGCUUGCUUUAAAACACUACACUGUAUAUGUUAGAAACAAUACCUGUGACUUGCUGAUUUUUUGUGUCUUGUUAAAUGCACAUCUUCAUUAAGUGUAAAAAAAUAAAAAACCCUUUAGAAGGUACUUGAAACAAUGGAGAUGAUACAUUAAAUUAUUUUCAAAUACAUUCUGUUCUCCUAAACUGUCUUUUCCAACAGCCAUGAGAUUAAACCUAUAUUUUUGUCAAUCUCUAA